AUGUUGGAAGUUAUUCUGCAAUGCCCCACUUCAGUCUCUCUGUUUGGGCUCUUUGUUGCCCUCCUGGUCCUCCAUUUUCUUUACUCCAACUUUAGUCCCCAAAGGAGACAAGAACCUCCAGGACCCAAACCUCUUCCCUUGAUUGGAAACCUGUUCCAGCUGAAUCUAAAGAGACUCGACCAAAAUCUUUUUGAUUAUGGACCAGUGUUCCAAGUCUACCUUGGACCACAGAAGGUGGUGGUUCUGGCAGGUUACAGGACAGUCAAACAGGCUCUGGUGAACCAGGCUGAUGAGUUUGGAAACAGAGAUAUAACACCACUUUUCUAUGAUUUGACCCAGAAAUUUGGGAUUAUAUUUUCAAAUGAAGACACGUGGAAAGAAAUGAGGCGUUUCGCUCUGACAACACUGAGAGAUUUUGGAAUGGGCAAAAAGAUAAGUGAAGAGAUAAUUAUUGAGGAAUGCGGCUAUCUGAUCAAAGAAUUUAAACAAUUUGAAGGUAAACCCUUUGACAACACUCAGGCCAUCAAUUAUGCUACUUCAAAUGUGAUAUCAGCUUUAAUGUUUGGAAAGAGAUUUGAAUAUGAAGACCUGAUCUUCCAAACUAUGGUGAAAAGAGAUAACGAGCUUGUUCGUCUGAUGGGAACAGCUUCCAUAGUGAAACUACAGUACAUCAUCAUGUUUGACGUUCUACAGCCCUCCACUUCAGACUCGCUGUUUGGACUCUUUGUUGCGUUGCUGGUCCUUCUUUACUUCAGCUCCAGGUCUGACAAGAAUCAAGAACCUCCAGGACCCAGACCUGUUCCUCUGUUUGGUAACCUGUUUCAGGUGGAUCUGAAGAGACUCGAUCAUUGUCUGUUUGAUCUUUCAAAAGAAUAUGGCCCUGUUUUCCAAGUCUUCCUUGGACCACAGAAGGUGGUGGUUCUGGCAGGUUACAGGACAGUCAAACAGGCUCUGGUGAGCCAUAAUGCUGUGUUCGGAAACAGAGAAAUCACUCCAGCUUUCUAUGAUAUUAGCAACGGAUACGGUAAGAAUUUAGUUUCACCGUUAUUAUUUUGUAAAACAAGUUAACCCAUUCUGUUCACAGGUUUAGUGCUUUCCAAUGGCGACUCGUGGAAAGAAAUGAAACGUUUUGCUCUGACAACGCUGAGAGAUUUUGGAAUGGGCAAAGUGAUGAGUGAAGAGAUAGUGAUUGAAGAAUGUCACUACCUGGUGAAAGAAUUUGAACAGUUUGAAGGUAACAUCUUUGACAACACCCAUGCAAUUAAUUAUGCUGUUACAAAUGUGAUAUCAGCUUUAAUGUUUGGAAAGAGAUUUGAAUACAAAGACCCGGUCUUCCAAACUCUGGUGGAACGAGACAAUAAGAUCAUCCAUUUGAUAUACAACAUUUUCCCUUGGAUAGGCCCCUUUCUCAAAAACUGUUGGGAUUUAAGGAAGAAUGUUGAAGGCAACAAAAUGGUCAUAAGGAAUAGGAUAGGUGAUUUAAAGAAAACUCUGGACCCUGAUGUGUGCAGAUGCUUCGUUGAUGCAUUUCUGAUCCGUAAGAAACAUCUGGAGGAAUCUGGAGAGAACAUCUUACACUACCACGAUGAUAACCUGUUAAACAGUGUGGCAAACUUGGUUCUAGGUGGAAAUGACACCACUGCAAAUACGAUGAAGUGGAGUCUCCUUUACAUGGCCAAGUACCCUCAUAUCCAAGAUCGUGUUCAGGAGGAGCUGAGCAGGGUGGUUGGAAGCCGGCAAGUUCGAAUGGAGGACAGGAAGAACUUGCCGUACACGGAUGCAGUUCUCCAUGAAACACAGAGAUUUGCAGACAUUCUCCCUAUUGCUAUUCCUCAUGCAACCAGCAAAGAUGUCACCUUUCAAGGGUACUUCAUCAGAAAGGGAACAACAGUUUUUCCUCUUCUCUAUUCUGUCCUGUAUGAUGAGAGUGAAUGGGAGAGCCCUCACAGCUUCAACCCUUCUCAUUUCCUGGAUGAGGACGGUAAAUUCGUCAGGAAAGAUGCCUUCAUGCCCUUCUCUGCAGGUCGCAGAGCAUGCCCUGGAGAGAGUCUGGCCAGAAUGGAGCUCUUCUUGUUCUUCACCUCUCUUCUUCAGCACUUCCGUUUCACUCCCCCACCUGGAGUCUCAGAAGAUGAAUUGGAUUUAACACCACUUGUGGGCUUCACGCUUUCUCCUCGACCGCAGAAGUUGCGCGCCGUCCAACGCGAGUGUUCCAACUUCUUUGUGGUGUGA